GACUGGAUACAUUAUUUUGAAACACCUGCAGUGGGAGUUCAAGAACAACGACAUGUAUUCUGUAGCAUCUGCGUUAGGUCACUGUGCUCUGUUGUUUUGCUGCAUCAUCUUCAUGGUUUCAGCAUCUGCAGCGAAGGACAGAAGAUGUGUCUCAGGUCCAGUACCAAAGAAAUAUGACCAGAAAAAUAUCUCAGCCACUGUUGGGGAGAGUGUCACUCUGCCAUGUAGAGCUCCAGAUAACUCCAUCAGAGCUAUAUUGUGGAGCAGGCCUGACCUGGAGCCAAAAUAUAUCCUUUUGUACCGUGACAAGCAAAUUGAUCCAGAAGAGCAGCAUCCAUAUUUUAAGAGCCGGGUGGAUCUGAAGGACGGACAGAUGAAGGAUGGAGACGUGUCUCUGAUGAUAAGGAAUGUGAUGAUUUUCGACAGUGGAACAUACGAAUGUCAAGUUUUUAUGAAAGGACCAAACCAGAGGAAGAGAACUGCUGACUACAUCACCAUCAUCAACCUGACUGUUGUUCCAGGUCCAACAGGAGGACUCACAGAGGAUGGAUCUGUUGGACUGAAAGUUGGUCUGUCGGUUUUUGGAAUCCUUGUUUUAGUUGUUGGUGUUGUUGUGGGUUUUGUGAUCUUCAAAAACACUAAAGAACAAAAAAAAUGAGGCUUCAUCCUAAUAGGCUUCUGGUGAACCAGAGUGUAUUUAUCUCAACUGCUCUCCUGCUGCUAUUACUUCUCUGUACUGUCACUUAAUAGGGGAUCAGUCAGAGAAAGACAGACUGGCAUAUUGAAUGCAUUAGACGAGGGGUGUCCAACUCCAACUCCUGCAGCUUUUAGAUGCAUUCUUGUUCCGACACACCUGAAUUAAAUGAAUGGCUUGUUAUCAGGCCUUUGCUAAACAUGCUGAAGAGCUAAUCCAACCCUUUAAUUCAGCUGUGCUGGAGUAGGGAUGCAUCUAAAAGCUGCAGGACAGUAGCUCUCGAGGACUUGAGUUGGACACCCCUGCAUUAUGCAAUAAAAUUGUCUUUGUGAAGGUCACUGUUAUUUAUUUAUUUAGUUUAUAUAAACUGGAAAUUUUGUUUGACAACAAAAUGUAAUCAUACUAGAAGAGCACGAUAGAAUAUCCAAGCACAGAGUGCAGAACACUGGCAUAAUAUUAAACUGGGGUAGAUGCUUGAAGCUUACCAUGUUGAUCAUUUGUGCUCAGAUCAUGUUGUGAUAUAAAUGGAGCUUUUAAAAUUAUAAAGCACUAUUAGAGAGCUAAAGUAUCUGUUAGUGAAAUCGUAUGUGACAGUCCAGUGUUUGAAAAUAUUUAUUAUAAAAACUUUGGAUGAAAAUUUGUGAGUGACGGUGUUGGCAGCAGGUGAUCAUGUCCGUGCAUGUAGACCUUUAAAUAAUGGAUUGGAUUUAUAUAGCGCACCCAAAGCGCUUUACAAUGCCACUAUUCAUUCACUCUCACAUUCACACACUGUUGUCAGCACCAGAAUGUUAAAGCAGAGCCUGAAGUUAAUGGAGAGUUUGUACAACUCAUAUAACAUUAAAAAAUAUUAAGUUAAAACGCUUAGAGAGUCUGGAUGAACACUUCUAAUGUGCCAUGGCCUCCAUCAUGAAUAAGGAAGAAAAAUUUCCACCCAUGGAUAUUUCUUUGAGCACAUGUAAUCUAAAAUAUUCAGCCUCACUUACAAAA